GCGUCGCGGACGUCGGUACUAAGGCGUCCAUUUGAUUCGCUUUAUUUGAACACGUUGUAUUUAAAAAUAAUGUUCACCGCUGAAUGAUGAACGGGAACGGUGGACAAUCAGUUUAUGAAUUUCCCUUUUUAAUAUGAAUGACCAAGAAACCACCAUAUUGAAACAAAGUGCUGGCUCCGAUCCAAAAAUCAAACGAAAUAGUGGCCUGUUUUCAUUCCUACGAUGGUUCAAAUCCUCAUCGCGUGAAUCGGUCAAUUCGGAUGUACAGAAUUCUGGAACUUCUGGAAGCUCUGAAAGCCUGAAUAGCACCGGGACCGUUGCUUCGUUCAGUUUCGUAGCACCAAACGCGUACGCGAAACCAAAAGUGUGCGAAAUAAGUCCUGGUCCUGAGACGGACACGUACAGAGCCCGUCUGAAACAAAGGGACAGGAUCAGGGAGCGUGAUAAGAAUAUAACUCUGCGAAAGAAAUAUAACUUGUUCUUUAACAAAGAUACUCUCCAGAAGCCAAAGUUCGACGAAGAUUCCAGCAAAAGUUUGCCGCUGAUGACUCGGAAAAUGGACGAUGAAAGAGGACAUCGCCGGACGAACAGCGAUUCCUCGAAGACAAAGCGAGCUGGAGCAUAUUUGCAUGUGAAAGGCAAACGGAAAGCACCUCAACCUCCGAGGAAUCAGGACACUCUCAGUUUGCGGAGGAAGAAACGUUUGGCACCGCAGCCCCCGUCCGUCAGCACCGAGAGGGUAAUGAACACAUUGCAGGCGGAGGAUACAAUCGAGUAUGCGGACGCAGAUAUCCUAUUUAACGAUUCUUUAAAAUUAGACCACGGGAUAUUAAAAUCGGCGAAAGGGAAUGAAAUAACAAACAAAUCUCCGAACACUUCGGCCAGAUCGAGCCUGGUCGAAGCGCCAGUUUCGCCGCGGCCGUGGUAUAAGAGAAAUAUCAAAAAGGACAAUAAGUACGAGCCGGUCGAGAAACUAACAGAAAUUAAAAUUAACAAGGAGUUAAAGAUAGACAAGAAAGAGGAUAAAAGAAAGUCGAAUAUGCUUUUCCUGACUAACAUAAGUGAACUGGAUAGAGAGGCUACGGAAAUACUCAAAAAAGAACACAAAAAAAACGAGAUCUUAACGGAGAUGCCUGAGUUCAUGCGGCCGAAACCAGAGGAAGCAAAUACAGACAGUCUAAUUUCCCCAAAGAGAAAAUCAGCUAAAGAUCUAAUCGCCAAAUUCAACGCAAUCACGAACGUAACAAAAGUCACCGUCAAUUCUGCUUUCUUCCGCGAAUCGAGCGUUUUUCAGAAGCGCGAUUAUUUUGGAAAGCAGGGUGGAAAAGCUGAAGAGAAGACAACAAAAAACAACAAUUUCCUGCCUCUCUCGAAAGCGGAAACGAGCGCCUGCAUUAUAAAACCCGCAACCCCGAAAAUUGAGCGCAAAUCAUGGUUUUGUCCUAAAUGCAACGUCGUAAACGAUUACUGGCGCAUAAUAUGCCAUGUCUGUUCUACCAUAAAACCGUACUUUGAUGAUUUAACAGCCCCCCCUAAAAAUAACUCAAUCGAAAAGAAAAAUGAAAUAAAAGAAGCCUCAACUACCGGUCCGAGCGCGGAUAAAAAUACUUCUCUAGGUGAGAAUCCGUUGGAAAGAUCCAAAACGCAAAUAGGAUUUGCCGCCCUCACGAAACACGAGCAAAACAAGAAAGAGGAUAUCAAACGGGAGGAGCGCGAGAAACUCAAAAAGAUGUUGAUUGAAAUGAAGAAUUCAUUGCCAAAGCGGAAAUCGAACAUCGUCUAUACGAAUCGUAAAAGUACUAUUGAAGAGAAACAAGAGCAAGGGAAAAUGGACCAAGCAAAAACAUCCGAUCCAAAUUUGAACAAAGAAGACGGCAAGUUAGCGGACAUCGAUGUAAAAGCUAUUAAAAAAGAUGAAGAAGUUAAACAAUUGAAACCUUUAAAGGUAUCAUCUUCAGCCCAAACAUCCUCGUCAGUUGUUAAAAAAGCAGCGAAUGAUAAAGAUUUUCAACUAAUGCGUCCAAAGGAUUUCGAAGAUAUAUAUAGCGAGAAAUCUGGAAAAGCAAACGUGACGCAUCUGUACGCUAAUUUAGCACAAAACGAGAACCUCUUUUUGAAUAUGCCCAAACGUUUCAGUGAAAUAAAAAAUUUAAAUUUGAAUACCAAUAAUACCGAUACUUUGGAAAUUAAUCGACUUUUACGCCGUUUAGAAAACGCAAUAGCCAAAGGUGAUUUGAGCGAUGCUGCAAUUUAUGCAAGAGAAUUGGCGCAACUGAAAGUAAAUUGUUCUGUUGUUCGACAGAAAUCCAUAGAAAAGAAUGAAGCUCCUGCUAAAAACGGUUUCACGAUCGACAUGUACGUCGAGGAUAGAUUGUCACACAGAGGACCAUUUCCAAUUCAAGUUGCAGCAACGCAAACUGUAGCCCAGCUAAAGAAACAGGUAGAGAAGGAAUUUGAAAUUCCAGCUGCAGUGCAAAGAUGGAUUUUGGGCAAAGAAUUAGCGACAGAUGAAAAUGCCACAUUGGAAGAUCAUAAUGUCACAACAGCUGGUUGUCCAGUAUUUCUGUAUUUGGUAGCUCCUGGAAAUAACAGUAAUGUAAAACAAGAACAACCCGCUAAGUACGAACAAAAAAUCACGGCGGAGCCAAAACUUGAGGAAGCAGCGGGAAUUGAAAGGAAGGAAAUUAAUGUUCCAGCAAUAUCAAUUAUUAAAAAAGAAUUUGUUACUUCUGUUCCUAGAGUAAUUGACGUGAAGCUUAAAAUCGAAGAGAAAAAAGUGCAAGAAGUUGAACUGAAACAGGUUGAAAGAGUUAAAGUUCAAUUAACUGGACAACCUUCUACGAGCGGCUUAGGUAAAUCAGAAUCUAGGGCACCUCCAAAAGCUGUCGAAGAAGAUUUUACAGAAUACGAUAAAACCCUUACGCCUAACAAAACUUGGGAAUGCACAGUAUGUACAUUGAUAAAUCCAACGACAUGUCAGAUUUGCUCGGUGUGCGCUUCGCGGCGAAUUAAUAUAGUUAAAGUUGAGACUGAGAAAAAGGUAGCUCCAAAGAGUCCAAAAACUAAACACUAUUUAGAAUUGAUGAAUCUGGAUAGCGCCGAUUUAGUAACAAAUUCAGAGCCAUUCGAAUGUUUAGUAUGCUUCACGGAAAUUCCUAACGGUGAGGGAGUGACUUUGCGAGAAUGUCUACAUCAAUUUUGCAAGGCUUGUCUGGCUUACACAAUCGAAUUUAAUGAUGAAGCUGAAGUGAAAUGUCCUUACAGGGAUGAACAAUAUUCCUGUGAUAUUGCUUUGCAAGAUAGGGAAAUAAAGGCAUUGGUCACUCCAGUUAUGUACGAUCAGUUUCUAGCAAAAUCUGUAGCGCAAGCUGAGAAUAAAAUUGAUAAAUCCUUCCAUUGCAAGACACCAGAUUGCAAGGGAUGGUGUAUUUUCGAGGACAAUGUGAAUGAGUUCAGAUGUCCGGUUUGCCGAAAGAACAACUGUUUAACCUGUCAGGCAAUACACGAUGGAAUGAACUGCAAACAAUAUCAGGAAAGGAUGAAUGUUCAGUCGGAAACUGACGAGGAUGCAAAACGAACACGCGAAAUGCUUGAAGAGAUGGUGAACAAAGGCGAGGCCUUAACAUGUCCUGCAUGUCAAGUGAUUUUGAUGAAGAAAUGGGGCUGUGAUUGGGUAAGGUGUUCCAUGUGUAAAACAGAAAUAUGUUGGGUAACCAAGGGAUUGCGAUGGGGCCCCGGAGGAAAGGGAGAUACAACCGGAGGCUGCAAAUGUGGAGUUAAUGGUAUCAAAUGCCAUCCGCAGUGCAACUACUGCCAUUAAAACUAUUAGUUUGAUUAUUUUGUAUACGCG